AUAGCGAUCGCCCAAAUAGACGAUUAAUCCCGAUCUCAUUCGAGAUCUCUGUUUCCUCUCGCCGCUCUCAGAUCCCCAACUCUCUCGAUCUCCUCUAGAUCCUUCGUUCGAUCUCUCUGAAGCAUCUCCAUGGCCCCGGUCUCGGCGCUUGCCAAGUACAAACUGGUGUUCCUGGGCGAUCAGUCAGUGGGGAAGACUAGCAUCAUCACCCGAUUCAUGUACGACAAGUUCGACAACACCUACCAGGCUACAAUUGGUAUAGAUUUUCUCUCAAAAACUAUGUACCUUGAAGAUCGAACAGUCAGACUACAACUUUGGGACACUGCUGGACAAGAGAGAUUUAGGAGUCUCAUUCCAAGUUAUAUUCGUGACUCAUCAGUUGCAGUUAUUGCUUUUGAUGUUGCAAAUCGUCAAUCUUUCUUAAAUACUUCAAAGUGGAUUGAAGAGGUUCGAACAGAGAGGGGAAGUGAUGUUAUAAUUGUUCUUGUUGGGAACAAAACUGAUUUGGUCGACAAGAGGCAAGUCUCAAUAGAAGAAGGAGAAGGUAAAGCACAAGAGCUCGGUGUCAUGUUCAUUGAAACAAGUGCAAAAGCUGGCUUCAAUAUUAAGGCUCUCUUUCGUAAGAUUGCUGCUGCCUUGCCAGGGAUGGAAAACCUCUCAUCGGAAAAGCAGGACGACAUGGUCGACGUUAACCUGAAGGGAACAAAUGCACACUCGUACCAGUCGCAGUCACAAUCUGGAGGGUGUGCCUGUUAAUCUCAUCCUUCUCAGUUUUGUAUUGUACCUACUGCAUAUUAGCCAACUGAAGAAGCCAGCCAUGGUUCUUGAGAUGAGGGCCCUUUUCCUCUCAACAAGGUCAGAUUAUUUCCGGUUGUAGGGAUCGAUUUAUGCAUUUUAUUUAAUUUUAAAACUGGAUUGUUCAGUGGAACAAAACUAAGGUUAGUACUUCGUUUUCGUUUAAAAUUAUCAAAAGAUGUGGCUGCUUUUAUUA